AGGUGACCGGGCUUCCUUCCGGCUUGCUAAGCAGAGGCCGGAAGCGGUGGUUUUUAGCGGAUCUGUAGGUAGCUGGGUGGUGUGAUAGCGGCAGCGAGGGGCUCGCAGAGGUGCUCGGAUUCUCGUAGCUGUGCCGGGAUUUAACCACCACCAUGUCGAGCAAAAGAACAAAGACCAAGACCAAGAAGCGCCCUCAGCGUGCAACAUCCAAUGUGUUUGCUAUGUUUGACCAGUCACAGAUUCAGGAGUUCAAAGAGGCCUUCAACAUGAUUGAUCAGAACAGAGAUGGUUUCAUCGACAAGGAAGAUUUGCAUGAUAUGCUUGCUUCAUUGGGGAAGAAUCCAACUGAUGAGUAUCUAGAUGCCAUGAUGAAUGAAGCUCCAGGCCCCAUCAAUUUCACCAUGUUCCUCACCAUGUUUGGUGAGAAGUUAAAUGGCACAGAUCCUGAAGAUGUCAUCAGAAAUGCCUUUGCUUGCUUUGAUGAAGAAGCAACUGGCACCAUUCAGGAAGAUUACUUGAGAGAGCUGCUGACAACCAUGGGGGAUCGGUUUACGGAUGAGGAAGUGGAUGAGCUGUACAGAGAAGCACCUAUUGAUAAAAAGGGGAAUUUCAAUUACAUCGAGUUCACACGCAUCCUGAAACAUGGAGCAAAAGACAAAGAUGACUGAAAUAACUUCAAAUUCCAGCCAAACGUUCCUUGUUGCCACUUUGGGUAUUCUGAGAUUUCCUCUUGCAUGCCCUUAGCUUUACAGCUUUUGCAUUUCCUGUUGUAUUUAUUCUCAGCCAUUUUGGGCAUAUGUAUCUUUAUAAUCAGACUGGAAACGGGACUUUCUAUUAAUAUCAUUUUCAGAAUAGAAAAUAGGGUAAUUUAACCUACCAGCCCUUCCCCCCCAAUAACUGUGGUCUAUACAGAGUCAAUAUAUUUUUUCAGAGAAAGUUAUUCACUCGAUUUUUUCUGAAUCAUAAUUAAACUUUAUGAUAAAAUA